UGACAACGUCUUAUUUACAUAUGUAUGUCAUUGAAGUAUAUACUUCAACCACGCUUUUGUGUUGUGUUAGUACAAAACGUUGUAAUAAUUUAAAUUGUAUAUAGUUUUAUUGCUAGCGUUAUAGUCUAUAUAUAAAAAUGUUUAAAAUACCAGACUGGGACGAUGACACUCAAGGAAAUAAAGUCGAAAAUAUUUUGAAGGUACCGAAGGUAAAAAAGAAAUUGAAGAUUUCAAAUCCGUCACCAAGUACAAAACAAAACGGAGUAACAAAACCAAGUUUUAAAACUAAGAAUACUAAUAAGAAAAAUAAACUAAAUUCUAAGAAAAACAUAUUGCUUAUUAAUAAUGUAAAAUCAAAAGUAAACACUCAAAAAUCUAACAAAAUAGUGAAUGGUAGUCAAGUAACAGAUAAUGCAAUACCUAUGGAAAUCCAAACUAAUUAUGUUCAAGCACAGACAUCAUUGAACAAAAAACAUAAACUAAAUAAAAAAAAUCAUAAGAAAAAUGCAUUAAUUAAUAAUAAUGUAAACGGUAAUAAAUCUAUUAAAGCAGAAAAUAAGAAACAACCAGUCCAGACUAAUCAGGUUCAAGAACAGACAUCAUUGAACAAAAAACAGAAAAAUAAUAAAAAUCAUGUUAUCUCAAAAGUAAACGUUCAAAAAUCUAGCAAAGUAGAAAAUGAAGGUCAAGUAGCAGAAAAACCAGGACCAAUGGAAGUUCAGGCUGAUCAAGAGACCUCACUAAACAAAAAACAAAAAGUGAACAAAAAUCCUAAUAAAAACAAAAAUAAUUCAAACGGCAAAGUGAGCCUUGAAAACUAUGACACGGACAAAUUAAACGAAUUAAUACUAAUAGAGAAAAAGAAAAAGUUAAACAAAGUAAAAAAUGAUAACAUAGAAGAAAAUAUUUUAUUUAAUGAAAAUCCAGUUGAAAGUAUACCGAAAAGUAAAAUAGAAAAAAAGAAAGAAUUUUUAAAAAAACUCUUACAAAAGCAAACUAACAGGAAUCACAUCAAUGUCGAAAGCAAUGCAUUGAGAAAUAGAAUGUUAGAAAGGCUUAAAGCUGCAAAAUUUAGGUACUUGAAUGAAAAGUUGUAUACUACAAGUGGAUCAGAAGCACAAAAGUUGUUCAAAGAGGACCCCGCAGCAUUCCAAACUUAUCACGAAGGGUAUCAACAGCAGAUGAAAAAAUGGCCGGUCAAGCCACUCGAUGUUAUUAUUCAACGGAUACAAAAAAUGCCUAAAAGUUACAAAAUCGCUGAUAUGGGAUGCGGUGAAGCGGAGCUAUCGAGGCGUGUCAGUCAAACAGUGCGAUCCUUCGACUUAAUAGCUCGGUCUGAAAAUGUUGAGGAGUGCGAUAUAGCUCACACACCGAUAUUAGCCGCUACCAUUGACGUUGCAGUGUAUAGCCUUGCGUUAAUGGGAACCAACCUUACUCAGUACUUGCUUGAGGCUAACCGGAUACUGAGGAUCGGUGGACAUUUACUAAUAGCAGAAGUGGAAAGUCGUUUCAAUAAAGUAGAUGACUUUGUGAAAGACGUGCAGAAACUAGGGUUCAGUCUGAAGAAAUUAGACAAGUCGCAUGAAGUGUUCUUUUUCAUGGAAUUCACGAAAAUAAGGGAUCCACCGUCUAAGAAGGGAAAAAUACCUAAUUUGACAUUGAAACCUUGUAUAUACAAGAAGCGAUAG